AUGGAGACGGAAAUAGGAACUUGGAAACUUGAGAAUGCUGAGGUGAUCCUUCCCCAGAUCUGUGUCUCUUUCUGUGUCCCCGUCUCUCUCAGGAUGCACCUGCUUUUGCUAUGUGUUCUCCUGGAGCUCCUCGUGGUGAGCUGUGAGGAUCUGAUUCAGGGCCGUAUCGUAGGUGGAUAUGUCCCCGUGCCUUACUCCAUCAAGUACAUUUUGUCGAUUCAGAGCACUAGGGGACAGCACUUCUGUGGUGGGACCUUAAUUAACAAAUACUGGGUGUUGACUGCAGCACACUGCAAUAUAGGUGCGGCAAACAUGAGAAUCGUGGCUGGAGAUUACUCUGUGGGUUUAUACGAGGGCACAGAGCAGUUCCGUAGACCUCUGCUCUUAAUUCCUCAUCCACAGUACAACAAGGCCACAAACAACGCAGACAUCAUGCUCAUUAAGCUUCAGACUCCAGUUUAUCUGAACAGUUACGUGUCUCUGACUUCAUUGCCCCGUCAGGACUCAGUGGUGGCUGUGGGUCGUGUGUGCCGAGUGUCUGGCUGGGGCUUCACCAGUCCAACUGGGGGAAUCCCUCUGACUCUACGGACGGUCAAGCUGCCUAUAGUGUCCACUGCCAUGUGUAACAGCACAGAGUCUUUUAACGGCAAUAUCACUGAGAAUAUGAUCUGUGCAGGAUACAGCGCAGGAGGAAAAGAUGCAUGUAAGGGGGAUUCUGGAGGGCCGCUAAUAUGCGAGGGUCGUGUCUACGGGAUCGUCUCCUGGGGCAAUGGCUGUGCCGAUGCCAAGUAUCCAGGCAUCUAUACCUCCGUCUCCAGGUUCCGGCAAUGGAUCGAUAGAACUAUAUUUGGCUUUUACGGAAGGUGCCUCAAGUAUUAG